AUGGCGCGGCCACGGCGACAGGGCGCCCAGGGUGCUCUGGUGGGGUCUCGCGCUUUGAGCUUGAGUCUGGCCUUCAGCCUGGCCUUCAGCCUGCUGUCCUUGGGGGGCGGCGUCGGCUUCCUUUCGGGGCCACGCCGGGCGGCCUUGACAUCGCUGGCGGUGCCGCUCGCGGCUCCAGGCGUUGCUUGGGCCGAGAGCCUCGAGCUCAAGAGUCCCAAGAGCAUCAAGGAACUGGCUGCUGGAUCGAAAAAGCUCGAGGAUGCGCUGAGGUUGGGGCGCCCAGUGGUAGUGGACUUCUCAGCGGCCUGGUGCGGCGACUGCAAGGCUAUGGCUCCCAAGCUACAAAAGAUCCGGGAGGAGGCAGGCAAGGAGGUGGAGUUCGUCACGCUCGACGUGUCCUUUGCAGGUCCAGGACAAGACAUGCCGGCAACGUUCCCGUACGACAAGGACACGGACAGGUGGGCGCGAAAAUUCAAGGUGGACGGUCUGCCCCAUGUGGCUUUGCUGGACUCCUCGCAUCGGGUCCAGACUGCCUUGGUAGGGGAUGUCCCGUACGACAUCAUGCAGGCAGACGUUGAGGCCUUACGGAAAGGCAAAGCAGUUCCUUUCGUGAUGUACGACGCCUUCAAGAACAAGCCCAGUAACGACAUUCUGGCCAACUGCCACAAAGCUGUGUCGGAUGUGAGGUUCGGAGCUUUCAGCAGAAGCCGCAUUGCAGAGGUCGGAGAUCUGUCAGUAGAUGUCCACGCAUUGAUAGGUCAGACUCUACUGUCGAAGGGCAUGGCGCGUUUUCCCGCUCAGGCUGGAGUCAUUGUCCGAGGUCAGAGCCUAGGACUUCUGCCGGGCCAGUCUCUGAAAGUGGUGCGAACCGAGGCCAAGCCCCAAGCAAAGCAGGAGGUGACACCGGACCGUUGUCAGGCAGGUCAACGCACUCUUGGGCCUUGGCCACUCUGCUCCGUGCAGGUCGAGCCUCCAUCCUUGGGACUUGAGACCUUUCGGCCGACCUUUCGGCCCAAUGGGACAGACGUGGAACUGCCCGCCUCGCACACGACGGCUUUGUGGCUUCAGUCUGCAGCGGUUUCCUUACCUGUCGGCCUGGUGUUCUUUCGCAGUCUGCUGUGCGGCAGCACCUUCGUGAGGCUAGCCCGCUGCCUCCUGCAAAAUGCGCCCCUGCUGCGAAAUCUUCGUGCAUUGCCCUCGAAGGCUUCUUGCCGUUGUUUCCAGGACAUGACAUCACUUGAUUCAGCUCUUCGAUUCUGUCUGGUAGAGGCCAAAGCCUGGCUGCUCGCCGCAAGCUCGGCCGAUAUCUUGCUGGAGACCGCCUUGUAA